GGACACUUCAGGAGUCCUCAGCUAGAGACAAGGGCGAUAUGGAUCACCUCAUGAACAGCUUGGAGGUCCAACUUAAUUCAGAAAGAGGAUCAAUGCAGGCAUUCAGACAGGUCACUGGCCCUGUUCAGAUCAGAGAUCCCUCUGUGACAGCACACAGAAGUAAUAUGACUUCUUCCCCACUCCUGGAUGCCAGCCCAAUGGAGCACCCAGCCCUGUUUAAUGAUAUCAAGAUCGAGCCUCCAGAAGAGCUCCUGGCUAGUGAUUUCAACCUGCCCCAGGUGGAACCAGUUGACCUCUCCUUUCACAAGCCGAAGGCUCCUCUCCAGCCUGCUAGCAUACUGCAAGCUCCAAUACGGCCUCCCAAGCCACCAUCUGCAGCCCAGGCCAUGGCGAUGCCCACUUCAUCUGACACAGGCCCUUCACCGGCCAUUCCUACCGUUCUCACUCCAGGCUCUAUCCUGGCGUCCUCUCAGGGGACGGCGGGCCAGCCGAUUUUACAUGUGAUUCACACCAUCCCCUCAGUCAGUUUGCCAAAUAAGAUGGGUGGACUAAAAACAAUCCCACUGGUGGUGCAGUCUUUGCCUAUGGUCUAUACCAGUCUGCCUGCAGACGGGAGUCCUGCAGCUAUUACUGUCCCACUCAUUGGAGGGGACGGCAAAAAUGCUGGGUCAGGUGAUACUCCCUUUCUUUUUUUAAUCAAAGUUGACCCCACCUCCAUGUCUCCACUGGAGUUCCCAAGUGAUGGUGAUGAGAGUGCAAUUGAGAGCGGAUCUUCAGCCUUACACAGUCUGCAGGGAUUGCAGCAAGAACCAGCAACGAUGGCCCAAAUGCAGGGAGAAGACUCUCUCGACUUAAAGAGAAGACGGAUUCACCAGUGUGACUUUGCUGGAUGCAGCAAAGUGUACACCAAAAGCUCUCACCUGAAAGCUCACCGCAGAAUUCAUACAGGAGAGAAGCCUUACAAAUGCACCUGGGACAGCUGCUCCUGGAAGUUUGCUCGCUCGGAUGAGCUCACUCGCCAUUUCCGUAAGCACACGGGCAUCAAGCCGUUCAGGUGCACAGACUGCAAUCGCAGUUUUUCUCGAUCUGACCACUUGUCCCUACACCGCCGGCGCCAUGACACCAUGUGA